AUGAAUGAUAGCGAAGUAGCUCUUCCUAGCGCUCUGUGCUAUGCCCCAGACACGGCAAGACUAUUGGCGACCGUAGAUGGUCUGCGCAGACGCUUGCAUGACGAGUACCGGCGGCACGAGCACGAUCGGCUCCAUCGAAUGCGCCAUCUCCUAACUUCAGAGUUCAUUCAAGCCCUGAUGGACUUAUCAUGGAUCACAUUUUAG